AUGCAGUUGCCUAAUAAACUAGUUGAUAUCAACGACUUUACAUUGCCUUCCGAUGCUACGUUAGCCGAUCCUUCGUUCAACAAACCGGGACGUAUCGACCUAAUACUUGGCGUGCAAGUUUUCUAUGAGCUUUUGCGUGAUGGUCAGAUUAAAAUCGGUGCCGAUGGACCCAUUUUGCAAAACACCGCUUUGGGAUGGGUGGUAUCAGGAAAAGUGAAGGAUGAGAAACAACGAACUGCUGUCGCCAAUGUAGCUAAUGUAGUACUAGAAGCCUCAAUCGAAAAUCUACUUACGCGAUUCUGGGAAACUGAGUCGUGUCAUAUCAAGAGCACUCAAUCAUUGGAAGAAAAGGAGUGUGAGGAUCAUUUCGCUAAAACGGUUAAACGGGACUCAUCCGGUCGUUUCGUUGUCGCACUUCCCAAGAAAGAUGCAUUGGUUUCGCAGCUUGGGAAUUCCAGAGAUAUUGCUGAUCGUCGAUUCUGCUCAUUAGAACGUCGUUUAAAUUCGAACCCUCAGCUGAAGGAAGCAUAUUCUGCUUUCAUUCACGAGUACGUUAACCUGGGCCAUAUGAAACUGGUCGAUGAUGAUGCGUCUACUAACUCGCUUGUUCCAACCUAUUACCUUCCACAUCAUUGUGUUGUGAGGCCCGACAGUAUCACCACCAAACUUCGUGUUGUCUUCGACGCAUCAUGCACCACGGAUUCUGGAAUAUCCCUUAAUGAUGCGCUACUAGUGGGACCGGUUGUUCAAGACGACCUUCUCUCAAUCCUAUUGAGAUUCAGGAUACCGCAGUUUGCCAUUACUGCCGACAUCGAAAAGAUGUACAGGCAAAUAUUAGUUCAAGAGUCUGAUCAACCCCUAGAAAGAAUUAGAUGGAGAGACACACCUUCGGAACCCAUUAAAAGCUAUCAGCUUACAACCGUAACAUACGGCACAUCUGCAGCUCCAUAUCUCGCAACAAAAUGCCUCCAGAAGCUUUCCGAAGAUAACACCACAACCUAUGCUCUCGCAUCGGUCGCCGUUGGUCGCGAUUUUUAUAUGGAUGACUUGCUUACAGGAGCCGAUACUGUCGAAGAAGGACGACAACUCUGCAGGGAAUUGCUCGAUCUCACUAAUUCUGCCGGGUUUUCGCUUCGCAAGUGGACAUCAAACAAUCCAGAAAAUCUCACUGACGUACCGGAUCAACUGAAGGAUGAGCGCACUUUGUUGAAAAUCGAUGCUUCUACUUCCCCCUCCCCCUUGGUCUUCAGUGGGAUAUUGUCGCUGACGAGUUCAGAUUCGAAGCUCCAACGCAUAGUGAUCAGCUACCAAUUACAAAACGAAUUGUCUAUUCGGACAUCGCACGCUUAUUUGACCCACUUGGGCUAG